AUGAUUCUGAUCUACAAGAAAAUCAAGAAACGAAACGAGCGGAAACGCCUGGAUUCUGCAGUGCCAAAUACACCAGAGAAUGCAAUCGAAUUAAACACACCACUUGAUUUCCCACAGCCUGAUGAGGGAAAGAAAAAGGAGAUCCGCACCCCGGAAGAAGUUGCGGAGACGAAACGAAAGAAUGUCUACCGUUGGAAGAUCAUCCUGGGACUAUUCAGUCCAUACUGUUUACAAGCCCUAGAUACAACGAUCGUGGCCUCGGCUCUACCAUUCAUCGCGGAGGAUUUCAACUCAAUCAACCAGCUAAACUGGAUCAUCUCCGUCUUCAACCUCACAUCAGCCGCCUUCCUCUUCUUCUGGGCCCAACUAACCGACCUCUUCGGCCGUCACAUCGUUCUCCAAUCCGCAAUCUUCAUAAUGAUGAUCGGCUCCGCAGUCUGCACAGGAGCCCCAACAUCGGCAUUCAGCGUCCUCCUUCUCGGUCGCGCACUGCAAGGCGUCGGCGCCGCAGGCGUCAACAUCUCAAUCCGAACUAUCCUUGCCGACCGCGUCUCCCUCGCCGAGUACGCAGUCAACUGGACGAUAUUCGCCCUCGUCUCUGGUAUCGGAUUUAGCAUCGGUCCCGUCAUCGGCGGGUAUAUGACUCAGGCGUCGUGGCGGUGGUGCUUCGCGAUUAAUCUGCCCAUCGCGGUUGUAGCAAUGGUUGUUGUGGUUCUUGUUCUGAGGACUGAGUUACAGGGUCCGCUGCCUAUUCCUGACGUGGAGGAGAGAGGUAUCUCGACUAGUUCUGGACGGUUCUUCGCGAGAAUCUCAACUAUUGACUACGGUGGCCAGAUGCUCUUCCUCUGGGGGUUUGGUCUUCUUAUUCUUGCGUUGACAUGGGCGGGUGGUACCUACUCCUGGAAAUCCGUCGCCGUCCUAGCACCGCUAGUGAUCGGUGGGAUUCUGACGAUUGCUUGGGUCGUCUAUGAGCGCUGUAUGGUGCCUGGAUCGUCGAUGGCACGGGUGUUCCCGCGUCAAACGGCAAUGGUACCGUGGGAAUUACUCAGACAGCGAGAUAUUGGCUUAUUGUUCCUGAUCAAUUUCUCAAUCGGGAUAGCCAUGUUUGCUGUUAUGUAUUUCAUGGAUAUAUAUUUUACGCUGGUGGAGGGGAGGAGUUCUAGCGAUGCCGGUAUCGCACUGCUAUAUUUCCUUCCUGGUUUAGCUGCCGGACUGUACAUGGCAAUGUUUUCCUCGAACGUCUGGCCCCGACAGACCUUCCCGGCACUUUUCCUCGGCAGCAUAACAUCGGCCGUAGGAAUGACCGUGUUGGCCUGGGGCGUGAACGCAGGCAAAACAAGUGUCAUCUACGGCAUGAUGGCGCUAGUUGGACACGGAGUCGGGAUGCGAAUGAAUCCGGCGUCGAUGCACGGACUGGCGUAUUUCCCCGCCAUGACGGCGCAGAUCUCGUGUCUUGCUUCGUUUGCGGUUCCGUUUGGAGGUCUGCUGGGGUUGACUAUCAUGUCGACGGUGUUUACGAAUAAGAGUGGGGUUGGACAGCGGGAUGCUAAGGGCGGUGUUAUGUGGGCUUUUAUUGCUAUGAUGCCGGUUAUGUGGUUGUCUGUUUUGCUUACUACUUUCCUUGGGAAUGUGUGGAUUUUGAAGGAGGGGGGUCAUGAGGUUGCUAAUAGGUAUUAUCUUUGGGGGUUGAUAUUUGGGAAGGAAAUUGUGAGGGAGAGGAGGGAUCGCGGGGAGGUGGGGGAUGGCGAGGUGACUGUUUAG